AUGAAUAUAGACAAAUUAAAUUACCAAUGUUCUUACAUAAAAUGCAUUCUGGAAUGUCUCUUAUUAUCUGUGAUAUACGUAUCCAGUUUAUAUGUAUGGAAUUCACAACAUUCUAGAGAUCAUCCAUCGACUAUAAAGAAAAGAUUUCUUAGUGUAUCAUUCAUGCUAAUAUUUUCACCAUUAUAUACUUGGUAUUUCAUUAGUGACAAAACUAAAGUACCUAUUCGGUAUUGGUUAGGUUUGAAAUGGGAUGGAAUAUUUAUGUCUGCAGCUUCCUCACUCUUCUUAACAUGUAUAUUAUUCGUGGGUCCAAUAUGCUUAAUUUUUUGUAAAAACAUUCAAUUAAAAAAUAUAAUUAGUAUUGAAAAUAUAAAAUCAAAGUUAACAGAAUUAAUUUGGCUCAGAAAUUAUGUGGUGGCUCCAAUAUCUGAAGAAUUUACCUUUAGAGCUUGCAUUAUACCUCUAUUACUUCAAAGUUUCCAGCCAAUGACCACUAUUUUCAUUUGUCCAAUAUUUUUUGGUGCAGCUCAUUUUAAUCAAUGGAUAGAAAGGAUGCGAGCGGGUGUACCAUGUUUAGAUGCUUUUAUUAUGUCAGUGUUUCAGUUUAUGUAUACUACAAUAUUUGGAGCAUAUUCGGCACUGCUGUUCAUCUCCACUGGAAAUGUUAUAGGACCAAUCAUGGCUCAUAAAUUUUGCAAUCACAUGGGAUUUCCUGACUUCCGAGAAAUGUUUCAAUUUCAAGAGCCAAAACGUAGCUGUUUACUAGUUCUUUCAUUAGUCGGGUUAAUACUGUGGUGCAUAUUGGUUAAAUAUACUACUGACCCACACAUAUAUUCUAACCAAAUGGAUUGGACUGAAAUGAACCAAUGUAAUACCAUAAACUCCAGCAAUAAUUUUGAGAAAAAUAUUUUGUAA